AUGGUCUAUCAAAAGCAACACCAGCUAGUCAAGUUGAAAAAAGUAGCGCCAGUGGAGUGCAUGGUGAACAGAGUCCACCAAGCUUCUCGGUCUGCGCGGACACUCAGUUUCACCUGGCGUCGGAUGAUGCGCCGGGUCUCCAGAAAAGACACGGUUCUAUCAGAGAUCCAAUGCUUGGAUGAGGUUGGCCGGGUUGCGCCGCAAGCAGACGCUCCUGCCUUGAGAAGCGCCUUGGAUACUUUCUCCCAGUGGCCGUUUAUAUCCGACACCGUACCGUCCGGCAGGCAUUCGAGGAGCUGGUUCUGA